UGGAGAGAAUCUCUGCAUAUCAGGUUCUUCACCCGUAACAAUUCAUCAUUGAUGAACUUCUGGUGGAAGCCAAAAAUGCUACGUGAAGGCACAAACAAUUUGUUUCUGCUUAUGUUCAAGACACGGCUUACAGCGGGAGAGCUUGGAGACAAGUAUCUGCGCGCCCAAAACGUCCCCUAAAUCAAUCAUACUGGACGUGGGAUCAAGGAAAGAUUAAUGCAUGACGCAUGCGAGUUCCUCGCCAGUGCUAAUGGCAUUCCGUUUCGGAGAGGGUAUCUCCUUUACGGCGCUCCUGGGUCGGGCAAGACGUCUGUCAUUCAAAGCAUGGCAGGCGAACUAGGCCUUGAUAUCUACAUCCUGACCCUCAAUCGUGCCGGGCUGGAUGAUGAUACGCUCACACUGAUAGAGGAUAUCGACGCUGCGUUCCACAGAGGUGUCUCUCGCAGGCCCUCGGAGGAAGAGGGGUUCGGAGAUAACGGCGGUGGCUCGCUGGCCCAGGGAACACGAGAUAAGAAGGGCGCGGCUGAAUGUCGCGUGUCACUCAGUGGUCUACUGAAUGCCCUAGAUGGUAUUGCUGCACAGGAAGGCCGGAUACUCUUUGCGACCACGAAUCACCACGCUGCUCUGGAUCCGGCGCUAUGCCGCCCUGGGCGCAUGGAUCUCCGCAUCGAGUUCAAGCUAGCUAGCCAAGACCAGGCGAGGCGGCUAUUCUACCACUUUAUCCGAGUCAGACGACGACGAUCGCGAGCCACCGUACAACAUCGAUACCGAUCCAGCACUAGCGCUAAAGGCGAUACACUCCCCAGUCCUCCGCCUUCUCCUAUCAUGGCAGAGGGUUCAUCGACAAGCGAGAACCAUUGCAGCCUUCCUAGGCAGGACGAGCAGGACACACAGUGUGAGUUGCGGCAACUGGCCGUGCGAUUUGCGGCGGCAGUGCCGAACGAACGACUUUCGAUGGCAAGCCUGCAGGGGUAUUUGAUGCUGUACAAGGAUCAGCCGCAUGACGCCGUCUCGAACGCAGCUUCCUGGGUUCAUCAGAGGGCACGCCAACACGGCAUUUGUACCCUACCGGUUGUCACCUUCCAAAUGGCAAAUGCUGCACGCUUACGGGAUGUCGUAUCGUUGUCGUCAGAGCUUGCUAGUGAGACGAAGUAUCACCAAUGCAAGAAUUGUAGGGGUCGAUGAUGACCCCGUUGGGCGGCGGACACGUCUAACGCCCCAGAUAACCCGGGCGUCGAUGCUAAACACCGAUAUCGCCGAGUUACACGUACGCGGUAUCGUGAAAGCUGUCCUCCCGUCUUCUCGUCGCUCAAUUGAUGACAGCAUUUGUAGCCGUAGGCAG